AAUGCUUUAAAUACAUAUAACCUCAGUCACAGUCACACUAGCACAUAUACACAAAAAAUGGAGGGCAAUAGCUUCCUCCGCCGCCUCUUCCUCAUCUCCGCCGUCGCCUCCGUCGUCCUUCUAACCCUCAUCGCCCUCCCCACCAAACCCAAUCCACCCAAGAACCCUCUCCUCCACCAUCCCGCCGCCAUAAAAAAUGACCACGCGGGCGACGUCCCCCACCACCCUCUGGACCCGUUGACGGUCCAGGAGAUGGACCGAGCCCACGGGGCCAUCAAGGCCUUCUUCGCCGGGAAGGCCUACGGCGUCCACUCGCUGGUCCUGGAGGAGCCCGACAAGGAGGCCGUGCGGAGGUGGCGGAGGGGGCAGCCCCUGCCGCUGCGGAAGGCGUCCGUCAUUGCACGCGCCGCCAGGACGAACUACGUCCUGACGGUGGGCCUGGAGGGAGGCGAGGUGACGCAGCACGACGCCGCGCACAUCUCCGGAUAUCCGAUGCUCACGCUCGAGGAGAUGGAGAGUGUGAUGUACGCGCCGUUUUCCAACGCCGAUUUCAACCGCACGAUUCUUUCCAGAGGCGUCGAUCUCGCCGACGUUGCUUGCUUGCCGUUUUCACCUGGUUGGUUUGGUGAGGCUGAGAAUGGAAGGAGACUAGUAAAACUAGAAUGCUUCACAAUAAAGGACACUGCAAACUUCUACAUGAGGCCAAUUGAAGGUGUGAUUGUAGUGACCGAUGUUGACACAAACCAAGUGGUUGAGAUCGUCGAGAAAGGAAACCACAUCCCCAUUCCCAAAGCCGAGGGAACCGACUACCGACUAGACGUGGCAAAUGGGGCGGUCAUCAAGCUCAAGAGCCCCGUCUCCAUUGAGCAACCCAAUGGCCCGAACUUCGUCAUAGAAGAGGAGCAUUUGGUGAAGUGGGCAAACUGGGAGUUCCACUUGAAGCCGGACCCGAGGGCCGGGGUGGUGAUAUCACUGGCCAAGGUCCGUGAUCCGGAGACGGGAGCAAUGAGGGAUGUGAUGUACCAAGGAUUCUCGUCAGAGCUUUUUGUGCCGUACAUGGACCCUGAGGAGGCGUGGUACUUCAAAACUUACAUGGACGCCGGAGAAUAUGGGUUCGGGCUUCACGCCCUGCCUCUGGAGCCACUGAAUGAUUGUCCGAGAAAUGCAAAGUAUAUGGAUGCAGUUUUUGCGGCUUCUGAUGGGACGCCUUAUGUUAGAUCCAACAUGAUUUGCCUUUUCGAGCGAUAUGCAGGGGAUGCUGCCUGGCGACACACGGAGAACCCCUUUACUGGCCAAAUGAUUCGAGAAGCGAGGCCAAAGAUUUCACUUGUAGCGAGAAUGGUGGCGUCCCUGGCUAACUAUGACUAUGUUGUGGAUUGGGAGUUCCAUGCUGAUGGACUAAUCAAUGUGAAGGUUUCACUGACCGGCAUAGUGAUAGUGAAAGGAACUAACUAUGUGAACAUGAACCAAGUGAACGAAGACGGAGCCGAGCUCUACGGCACCCUCUUAUCCGACAACAUCGUCGGAGUCGUCCACGACCACUACAUCAACUUCUACCUCGACAUGGACGUGGACGGAUCCGACAACUCCUUCCUCAACGUCCAUCUCCAACGGGCCUACACCAACGGAAAAUCUCCGAGGAAGAGCUUCAUGAAGGUCAACAAGACCGUUGCCAAGACCGAGAAGGACGCGCAAAUCAAGCUAAAGCUCACGGACCCCUCAGAGUUCCACGUCAUCAACCCGAACAAGAAGUCGAGAGUGGGCAACCCGGCCGGGUACAAGGUGGUCCCCGCAGGCACGGCCGCUAGUUUGCUCGACCCUACAGAUGCUCCUCAGAUGAGAAAUGCUUUUACAAACAACCAGAUUUGGGUAACGCCAUACAACAGGAGCGAGCGGUGGUCGGGAGGCCUGUUCGCCUACCAGAGCCAUGGCGAGGACACUCUUCAAGUAUGGUCCGACAGGGACCGGCCCAUUGAGAACAAGGAUAUUGUGUUGUGGUACACAUUGGGGUUCCAUCAUGUUCCUUGCCAGGAAGAUUAUCCUAUCAUGCCUACGGUGUCCUCGGGCUUUGACCUGAAGCCGGUGAAUUUCUUUUUGAGGAAUCCGGUGUUGAGGAUCGCCCCGUAUGUUGAGAGCGAGCUGCCGGUUUGCAAGACUCCUGCUUCAGCUUGAGAAUUUGCAAGCUUAAUUAGGUCCAUUUUUUCAUCUUAGGGGAGAGGGAGGGAAUUCAAUUUGCUUGGAAUUUGUAUUUUGAGUAAUAAGUAGUAUGUUGCUUUGGUUCCAAAUUGAAACAAGAAAUUGGGGGUAGCUAGGAUGAGCUUAAUUAUAGAGCCACAAUCCUGUUUUCAUUGUUUUAAAUGAAGUCAAUUUAUCUACUGAUUGCUUGUGUU